GUCAGCCACUGCUGGGAGAGCAGAUUAUGAAGCGGAGCUCAACUAGCGGCAGUCUCCUCUCAUUGUCUCAAUGGCUGCACACGCGUUCCUCCUCUGCUCCCUCGCCUUGCUGUCUGCUCUCAGCCGGCCCGGGCUCUCCUUCACUGAGGAAGAGCUGCAGCCGGGACUCAUCUAUGAAGAAGUGCCUGAAAUCCUGGACAGAAGCAAAGAGAAUCCCAAACAAGCAACAAGAGUCACAUCAAGUCAAGAUGGUGGGUACGGCUUAGAAAGUGAAGAGGUUUUUUUGACGCCUGAGGAUGAAAACCCACUCAGGAGAAUACUGCAGCCUUUUAACUGGCAUCAGCCAGGGAUGUCUCACAGUAAGAGGAAGCUGCUCCAGUCUCUGAUGGGGCCUUAUGGCCCUCUGAGUGUGUCUUACAACGGGAAGACCUGCAUUCUGUUUAAGGCAAAGCGCUUGGCAAUCCGCUACAGAAACCAUACCUUCAUUGAUCUGACCGAGAGGGUCUUUAACACCAACUCACCUGUGGACACUAAAGGCUCCGUCUGCACCAAGGAGAAAGCUACCCUUUCACUGAGGUUCGGUGAUGUGGAGGAUCUACGAGGUCUAGUGAUCAGGCUUCAGAUGUCCAAUACUUUUUAUGAGGCAGCUGGGCAAAACUGGUUCACACUAGACAGUGUUCACAUCCACUACAACUGGACCCAGGAGGCUACCUUCAACGCCAGCGAGGUCUACGCUCCUGCCACCUCAUCCUACCAUUGCCAGCACGUCAGCAGCCUGCACAAAUAUGACACCCUGCUAGUGCCCAGCUCCCACACUGACACAUCCGCUAACUGGCACAUCACUUUCACUGAUUUCCAGAUCCAGGCCUUCAAUGUGCAGUCAGACAAGUUCGCGUCAGCCAGCGACUGCGCCACUUUCCUGACGCCGGCCAUCCUGAUGGGCUUGGUGACAUCGUUGAUCCUGCUCCUCGUCUUAGCCUACGCCCUGCACAUGGUGGUACACCUUAAGCACAUUGACCGCUACGAGGAGCACAAGGCUACUGUCUACUUUCCCCGCAGUCCGGAGGCCGAGUUGCCCGACAAGAACAGCCUGUGAAGGAAAAAAGAAGAGCUGGAGGACGAAAGGGGAAGAGAGGGAGAGAGAAAGCUGAGAAGCAAGGCUGAGGGGAGAGCAAGUGAAUGCAAGAGUGAAAAAGUAUCCUCCACUGAAUAUUUGUUCCACAAAAUGACAACUUUGCCUGUUCAUAUGAAAACCUUGUAAGUCUUAACUACUUUAAGUAAAUGCAGACCGUGGUUGGAUACUUUUUCUUCUUUCCUCAUUGACCUGCAUCUUGGCAUCUAUAUUUCGAAUAAGGCCUCUCCCUGAGAGAUGGUUCCUGGUCCUAAUGUUAAAGGUCAUGGACAGUCCCAGGGCCCUGAAGGGCAACAACGUAUACAGGCCUUUACCCCAGCCAGCCAUUAAAACCACAACAGGCUAGCAACUGUAGCUAAUACAGCUAACAUCAGAUGCUCCUGAUUAAAUGUAUGUACUACAUGGCUCACAAGUGUCAUAUUACAAGCUUUCAUCACACUCAUUGUCCUUCCAGCUUUCAUUACAGUGUACUUUGUCUAAUACUGCUGCAAGAAAUAUAUACUUCAAACAGCCAGUUUUAUAGCUGAAAUAGCCGUAUUAGCUGCAUGCCAUAAAAGGCUGGUCAAUCCAGGCUAGCACAGUGUUUCCCAAUGAUAAGGAUUACAGGGAGUCUUGCAUGAGUGGCAGUAUAAAAUAAUUAAAUAUGGCACAAAGUAGAAGGAGCUUGAAAAGCUUUUGAGUGUAAGCGAAGGAAAAUAUCGGGAACCACUGGUCUAGCAUCUGGCUGGAGUGAAUGGACCAGCACCAUUGGCCCUUCAGAGCCUCUGGCAUCUCUCACCUCACCCCUGAACAAGACUGCUGCUUGGGACUUAACUGUGAAACGGCCUUUUACAGACCAGCCAGACAAAGGGGGUUCUAUAAACUAGCACAACAUUGGUUAGUCGCGAAAGCACUAACAACAAACUAUCAAAGACUAUACAAGGAACUAUGCUGCACAAGACGGCCCGUCUGAGGGCACGGCAGGAACGUGAGUCUUGGGAUGACUUGGCUCUCUAAGAGUCAAGUGUUUGGACAAGGGAGGCCAUGGAUCCUCCAUCCACACCACUGGAUUUGACUGCCAAAGUGAAGCUACAAAGGAGUUACCAUAAAAUAUGGUGAGAGACAGAGUGAGACAAUGUGAAAAUUGAAA